AUGGAGAGCACCUUUGUGGCGGCUCUCUUAUUGCAGAUCGCUCUGUUCUUACCGCUAAACAUUGUUUUAUCCACGCUGGAAACUAUAAAGUUGGGAGUACACAAUACGCAGAACCCAGAAAAGGAACAAACAUUUGAAAUAGCAGAACGUAUUACUCAUCUUGACCCUUACAUUGACCUGAUGCUGCUUAAACUGGAUCGAGUGGUAAAAUACGAGGACCAUAUUAGGCCGAUCUGUAUUCUUUUGGGACCUGAACAGGAGUUACUCAACAGCACAAACGACUUAACCAUAACUGGCUGGGGUCAGAUUUCCAAUGAAAAUGCUACACAACGACCUUGGAUACUCCAAACAGCCGAAUUAAAGCGCAUCCAUUGGGACGAUUGUGGCAGACCACAUGGAUAUAUUUGUGCUGAGGCUGCCUAUCAGUUUGCCUGCCAAGGUGACUCCGGAGGUCCUUUGGCAGCUUAUGUUAAACAUAACCAGGAAACGGUCAAUGCCCAAGUUGGAGUACUCCACGGAGGUCUGACCGAUAGAUGCGACUCCUUUAGUCAGUAUGUGGAUGUGGUGAAUUUUACCAAUUGGAUUGUUGACAUGAUACGACUAAACAAAAAAAUCUGA